CAUGGACAAGUACAAGGUAUAUCUGACAGACGAUGAACUCCUUGCCCGACUGAAGAAAUAUGGGCUCAAACAUGGACCCAUAGUUGUUACAUCCUCCCAUCCACUGAUGUGUGUAAAUAUCAACCAAAUGAGGCAAUACUCCUUACAUCUAUUAAAGGCGGCUACAGUCUGAAAGAAACCAUGCCAAAUAAAAUAUUUAAGGAUAGAUAAUCUUCAGUAGACAAGGGUAGCUAACGGAUCCUGUUGUUUUGCUGCAAAAGGCUAACAUACAAGCUACCUCCUUGAAAAUGCCAAAAGGAACAACACGGAAACUGUACGAAAAGAAAAUCUAUGAAUAUGAGAAAAGACUGGGAUGGCAUCAGCCUCUGCCAGGAAGCCCAGCAGUCUAUGCAGAAGCAAGGACAGAGGCACACAAGACUAGUCAUGCUGCUGUAACUCCGCAGAUCUUCCCAGAUAAUCACAUUGCUGGGGAGAUUCCAGUUAGAAGCGCUGAUGUUUCAGGUCCGAGAUGGAUCCAGCCUCAUCGGAGGUAUAGGAGUCUCCUUCCAAAGACCACAAGCGGGCCCCACCACCCAUCAGAGGAGAUGUCCUGGCCAGGGGCAAUGCUCAUCACAGGGGCUGAGAUACCACCUCAGUCAGACAAACCAUCAGCCCCACCUGUCAGAUCUCGCAUUCCUUGCAGAACUGGAACUCAGAUUAGAGAUUCAGCUUGCUCUCAUGGUGACUCCUUGGAUCAUCGACAGCAGCAGCAUAAUUGUCUGAAGCCCUCCUUCAGCAAAAGAACAGCACAAAUCGCAGUCCCAGCUUUGCAUGGGCAAGCUCACCUUCCAGAGGCACUAGAACCAGGUAGCACCAUGGAAGAAUAUAAAGGUCUGACGGAUAAUGAACUUAUUGCCCGUUUGAAGAAAUACAGCAUCCCGCAUGGACCUAUUGUUGGAUCAACUCGGAAACUUUAUGAAAAGAAAGUCUAUGAAUAUGAGACAGAGCGGAUGCCUCUCCCUUCGCAUGGUGGGUCAGGGUCCUCCUACACAGAGCCAAGCAGCAGUAGAAGUGAAAGCUACGUACGAGAGACUUAUGUGAGCCCACGGAGCAGGGAAAACCUCAGCUAUGGGCGUGAAGCUCUUGGCUCUGGAAGGACUUACUUAAGAGAAAACUAUGAUGCUCCAAGAACUGAGGAAUAUUACUCUGAGUAUCGAAAUGAAGAUCCCAGUCCCAGCAAGUCCUACCUGAGUCAAAAUUAUGGUUUGUCCCAUCACGAAGAACGCUCCAACUAUGCUCCAGAAGACUGGGACAUUAAUUCCUCUGAGAAUUCCACAUCUUCCUACCGCCGCUACGCAUCAUCAUUAAGCAGUGAUGUACCUUCAGGGAGAGUGAGUGCCCGCCAACCAAUUGCAGAGCCAUAUGCCUACAGUUCCAGUUGGAAGGAUGUGUCAACUGAUAGGGACAGCAGUUCCUACCAGAGCGUUUUCCAACGGAAAUCAUCCGGCUUAUCCUCUUUUGGGGUAGAGCCUCGCCGUGCCAUCCACCCUGAGCGCCAGGCCCAAGCAGCAGCAGAAAAAGCUACAAGUAGCAGCGCAAGCACCAAGCGCUACUUACCCCUCUGGCCCCAACUCCUGCUUUUUGUGCUGCUGGCUGGUUUCUUGGCUUUUGUGUACUUCUACCUGCAGAGUGAUGCUGAUGACAACCCCUUUGCGAAGCAUCUUAAUCAGUGAAGACAUCAGGCCACAUCUUCUCUCUCCAAAAGCCUAGAAUGUUUGCAUAGGGCCACCACUGAAGUGCCUUCCUCUUUUCUUUUUUAAACCCCAAAGUGAAGUGGUGUAUUGGGGCCAGAGAGUGAGUGAGGGCUUCCCACUAACUUCUCUGAAUUAUGGCAGCUCCCCACUCUUCUCCCCACACCUCCAUCUGUCCGUCCGUCCAUCCAUCCACUCAUCCAUCCCUUAAAUCAGCUAAUGUGGGGCAUUUUUAUCUGCUAUUUUUGUAGCUAGUACUUUAUAAUCAGGGCAUGGCUUGGGAGAAUGGGUUUUUUUUAUCAAAAGGUGGGGAGACAUAAAAGGGCAAGUGUAGAGUAUCAACAGCUUGCUCUCUCUCUCUCUCUCUCUCUCUCUAUAUAUAUAUAUAUAUAUAUAUAUAUAUUAAAAAUUGUAUGGAAUCUCUAAUAAACACCACUGAUUUUUUUUC